AUGGCGUUCCGCUCCGGCACUGUCGUGGCUUUCGCCUUUCUGCUCGUACCCAUGCUGGCUUUAGCAACGACUCUUGAUGCCGAACACCCAACAGAUCCGGCACCCCUCGAGAAACGAGCAUACUUCCAAGACAGUUACAAGAUCUUUCACCGCAAACGCAAUGCCCACGCAUGCAUUAUGUCCAUCGUCUUCAUCGUCCUGUUUCCUCUCGGCGCCAUAGCACAACAUCUUCCGCUCAAGGGUGUUCGUGUGACCAGUCGCAUCCACGGUCCGAUCCAGAUCCUCGGUCUUGUCAUGAUGAUUGGUGCCAUGGGUCUAGGCAUAGACAUUGCCAAAAACGAUCUAAACUUUUUCAGCCCCGUCAAAGCCCAUGUUGUGAUCGGUCUGCUGGUGACAUCCACCAUCAUUGUCGUUCAGCCGGCAAUGGGCAUCCUUCAGCAUCGUCAUUUCAAGCGGACUGGUGGAAAGAGUGUAUUCUCAUAUAUACAUCGGUGGACGGGCCGUGUGAUGAUCUGUCUUGGCUGGAUCAACUCGGGCUUGGGCUUUCAGCUGGUUGGAAUCCCACCUGUCAAGACUCAUUCUCUCGUCCGCAAUUUUGUGCUAAUGGGCGUCCUUGGGGGAGUUUGGUUUCUUCUGAUGGGAACGGAUGGACUUCGAGAUCAUGUGUUGCACAAGAAUCGACUCUCUUCGUAUCGUCUGGGCUGGGUUCGAGGAUUCAGAUUGCAUGGUAGACAUAUGAUAGGGAAUACAGUAGAUCCGUCGAAGGAGGAGAACACUGUAGGUAGAUCUUAA